UGACCGAAGUUUCCCCCGGGGGCUGGGUGGGGGUCUUCCGUGGUGGGGCAGCCAUGGGGUCUGGCCUGAUCCUGCCCGGGACUCUGGCGCUGAUUGUGGCGCUUCUGGGUCCCUCCACGGUCCACGGAAGGGGAGGACGGAUGGAGCCUCCACCUGCCGCGCACUUCCUGGUCCAGUGGAAGCCGGAGUGCCACUUCGCCGACGGGACGCGCGGGGAGGUCCGCUACCUGGACACGUUGCUCUACGGGCGGGAGGAGUUCGCGCGCUUCGACAGCCGCCGCGGAGAGUUCGAGGCCCUCACCCCGAUGGCCGAGCCCGACGUGCGCGCCUGGAACAGCGAGAAGGAGCGGGUGGACUCCGAGCGGGCCCAGGUGGACGCCUUCUGCCGCUACAACUACGGGGUCGAAGAGGGACGGGGCAUCACCCUCACCAGGAAAGAUCAGCCCAUGGUGAAAAUCUCUCACACGAAGGCAGGGCCCCUGGCCCACCUCACACUGCUGCUCUGCACCGCGACAGGAUAUUACCCCUCGGGGGUUCGUUUCAAGUGGCUGAAGAACGGGCAGGAGCAGGCGGAAGGGGUGGGGUACGCGGACGAGAUCCAGAAUGGAGACUGGACCUUCCUGAACCAGGCGAUGCUGGAGACGGUGCCCCAGCGGGGAGACCUCUAUGCCUGCCAGGUGGAGCACAGCAGCCUGAAGGAACCCAUCACCGUGCAGUGGGAGCCGCGGUCAUCGAACUCUGCCCAGAGCAAAGUGUGGACGGGGGCUGUGGGGGCCGUGCUCGGGGUGGUCUUUGGGGCCGCGGGAGUCUCCUUCUACCUGAAGACCAGGCGAGCAGCCCUGUGA